AUGGAAAAUGAAAUUUAUAGAGAACUUACUAAUUAUUUUUCUACUAUUUUAGAGGAGCUUUGCAUUGAAAAAAAUCAAGAGACAAAUAUGAUUGAUGAAUUAGUUCAACAACAAGGUGAAAUAGGAUGUAUAAAAAAAUGUACAAGGUGGGUUUGUUCUACAUGUCAUAGUAAAUUACUAACAAUUGCUGAUAUAAAUCAACAAUUUGAUGAACAACCCAAGAUUAUAGAUACUACUAAAAGACCACUAGUUAUUCAUUCCCAUACAUUUAGAGAAUCAAGAUCAGUUUCAGAAAAAAAGAUUCAUAAGCUGCAAAUAUUAGUUUCUGAUCUGAUAGGAAUUAAUCCAAACUCGAUUGCUAAUGUUGAAAGUUUUAUUACUGAAUCACGUCAAUUUCGGAUUCGGAUAAGAAAGACUCAAUUUUUAAAUCCAAAUGCUUAUAAUUGUGGUUUUCAAAAUAUAAGUGGGGAAUUAAUACUGAGUGAAGAAAUGAAAAAAUUUACAGAAAUUGCAUAUACGAAAAUAAAAGAAUUCAUCAAAGCAAAACUAAUUAACAAAACUCCAUUAGGCAUUUGGCAUCCAAUUCCUAUAACAUGCAAAGAAGCAAUUCUUCAGAA